AUGGUUAUCUAUCUGUUGGAUCUAAUAUUCUUACAUGAAACCAAAAUGGAAGCGGUUGCGUACGACGACCAAACCAUGAGGUUCGACCGUUUGCUUCGUGUAGGAGAAUGUUAUGACUUCAUGAGAGUUGGCUUCGCGCCUACUCAUGUUGGUCGUUUGGGCUACAUCUUCCAUUUAUGUGCCAACUACUUUGUGGUUCUAUCUCCACAAAGUAUGGCUAAUGUACCAUCGAGAGAGCUAUGGAUUUGUCAGUGUCCUCGUACCUUUAUGGAAUUCGAAGAUGUAUAUGUUCAAGCUGAGUAUUUUUUGCAGAUGCCAUUAGUAUAG